AUAUUCCCAGUCGCUUUAUCUGCCCUUGGCGCCUCUCUCAUGACAUUAACAGAGACAAUUUAGAAGAAGAAACCACCUGACCUGACCUGGAGUGGGCCGAUCUGAGAAACCAUCAUCUUUCUUUUCUUAUGCCAUGCCAGGGAUUUGAUAGAGUGGAUUGGUAGGGCAAGUCCUGCAAUGGAGAAUAGUAAUAAUAUGAUGACGGAACCAGUGAUGAUUUUGGAUUUAAACCAACAACCUGUAGAGCAACCUCAUGAUUCGGUCACUGGCUUACACUCCAUACUGAAUGAGCUAGAAACCGCCCAAGGACGCAUUGAAGAGCGUAUCAGACAGCUCGAAGCAGUCACCGCUAGGCAGCGUCAGAGGUGGAGGCAAGCUCUUGUUUCCCCUCAGGUUGUGAAUAUCACUCCGCCUGCUGAUACGCCAAAUGAACAACACAUUCACAGUCGGGAUGUUGAUGCUCUUGCCAAUGCUGCGAGAGAAAGAGAGACAACAAUAGAGACUGGGAAAACCAACACAACUGAGAGUACCCAUUUGAUAGCCAAGGCACUCGCGAUGGAUACAAAUCCUAAGAGGGUGGAGCCUCGUAUUGGGAGCUUCUUCGACUGUAAUAUAUGCUUGGACAUGGCAACAGAUCCUAUAUUGACAUGCUGCGGUCAUUUGUUUUGUUGGCCAUGCUUCUAUCAGUUGUCUUAUGCUGAUUCAAAUGCAAAGGAAUGCCCUGUGUGCAAAGGAGAAGUGACUGAUGCAACUAUAAUUCCAGUUUACGGGCACGGUGAUGGUAACAGUUCUCAAAAGUCAAAGGAAUUUGUUUCCGAGGCCCCUCCUAGGCCCCGUGCAGCCAGGAUUGAGGGUGUGAGGCAGCAGCUCAUUAGGCGAGGGCCAUCUUCCGUAAUUGAACACAGGAUUCAGCUACUAGUUGGUGCAUUGGGGGAGAGAAGACAGACACAGGAUUUUUUUGGUUCUCAUAUCAAUGCAAUGGCUGAAAGAACUAGUUUCUUUACCAGCCGGUAUCCAUCACCUGCCACCGAAACAUCAAGCACCCAGCACCAUGAUUCACUUCAAGUUUCAAGAUUAUUGAUGCAAAGAGCUGCUUCAGUUUCUUCCCUUUCAUCAGCACUGAAUACUGCAGAAAGAUUAGUUGAGGAUCUCGAGGCAUAUAGUAAUGAUCCCCGCAUGAGAAGAAACCACCAGCAAUCUCCAAGUAAUGAUAAUGGAGUUACAUCUUCAAAUAUUGCUACAAUUAUACAACCAGAAAACCUGACGUCUGAUACAGCUGCCGAAAUCAAUUCAGAUGUGCUUCCAGCUGCUUCCUUUUUAAGGAGUUUUCCUGCUAGUGCGGGCUUGGAAGACCAGACCGUGAAUUCAGAAAUAGAUUCAACAUUUCGAUCUUCAUCUUCGAGGAGAAGAAGUAGUUUUCAGAGAGGCUCUGGUGUGAAUAAUAAUCAGCAUUCAUCUGAACCCAGAAGGAGAAGGUUGAGAUGAAGCAAAGAUCUUUCUCAGCAGAAUUUGAUCAAAAUGAUACAAGGUUCCUUCUGUUUGCAUAUGGCUGUGUGUGCCAAGUUGCCAACCAUGUACGAAGUUCUCACUGCUGUUAAAAGCAAUUUCAUAUACAUUUUGUAAAAAGGAUACUCCAAUGUGAUCAAGUAUGGCAUAUCUGGGCUAUUAAUAAGGGCAGAGUAAUGUCUUCCUUCUUUCCAUUUCAAGAAUUGAAGCUGUGUAAUGGCACUAGGGCCUUUCUUUAUGCCAGAGAACAGGUCAUAUAGGUAAAGCUUUAUCUUCUAGUUUUGAUGUC